CUUUGCAUUGUUCAAACUCGUUGCAAUCUCGCGAGAUUACACGAUUUCUCUGUGAGGAGAAGAACGGCUCUUAACAAGCCCACUCUGUCCAGUCGUUUUGUACGGGCUUAGUAAAAUGGCGUCAGCUCCCGAUUACAGCUCCUAUAGCCAGGCGGGUGCCCAGCAGGGGUAUGCCUCAUAUGCUGCCCAGCCAUCACAGAGUUAUGGACAGUCUGCACAGCAAAGCUAUGGCCAGCAGAACUAUGGAUCAUAUGCCCAACCAGCUGCUGCUGCUGCUGACAGCAGUUACACCCAGACAACCCCUGCAGCUGGUGGCUACCCUCAGCAGCAGCAACAGUAUGGGACCUCAUAUGGCCAACAAGCAUCAGCUGGUUAUCCUGCUGCGCAGUCUACCACUCAUAGUUACUCGCAGUCAGCCCAGAGUUAUGGAGCCAGUGGUUAUGAUAGUGCUCCUGCAGCUGCUGCUGCUACCCCAGCUGCCUCCCAGUCUUACGGCUCUCAGCCGGGGUACACUGCCCAGUCUGCCUACCCUGGAUAUGGUCAACAGGCUGCUCCCACUGCUCCUCAGAGUUACAGUGCUAACAGCCAACCCGCCAGUUACAACCAAAGCAGCUACUCCCAGCCUGCAUCGUAUGGACAGCAACAGCCUGGUUACCAGGGACAGCAGGCAGGCUAUAGCCAGCAGCAGGGCUACCAGCAGCAGACACCAACCCAGCAGCAAGCUCCUCCUGCUUACCCCCCGCAGGCAGCUGGUUCCUAUGGGCAGCCCCCAGCCAGUCAGUACAGCCAGCAAGGUGGACCACCUAGCUACAGCCAGUCCAGCCAUUACAAUAACUACAGACAGGAUGGCCAAGGAGGAGGUUCUGGUUACCCUGGUUCUGAGACCGGAAGGUACCCUGGAGCAGACAGCAGGGGCCCUGGCAGGGAUGGCUUUGACCGUGGUGGAAUGAUGCAUCGUGGUCGUGGAGGCAUGGGGCGUGGAAUGGGCAGCGCCGGAGACAGAGGUGGCUUCAGUAAGCCUGGUGGACCGAUGAGCGGAGAUGACCGUGAAAUGGGACGGCCAGAAGAGCAGGAUGACUCUGAGAACAGUACCAUUUACAUCACUGGCUUGACUGAAAAGGCUAACUUGGAGGAAAUGGCAGAGUUCUUCAAACAUGUUGGCCCAAUUAGGAUUAACCGCAGACUUGGCCAGCCUGCUAUCAACAUCUACACCGAUAAGGACACCGGAAAGCCAAAAGGAGACGCCACUCUGUCCUAUGAGGAGCCCAUCUGCGCCAAAGCAGCUGUGGAGCAUUUUGAUGGAAAAGAGUUCCAAGGCCGAAGGCUCAAGGUGUCCAUGGCACGGCGAAAACCAAUGAUGGGUGGGAUGAGAGGAGGCAUGCCCAUGCGGGAUGGGAUGAUGGGCCGUGGAGGUAUGAUGGGCCGUGGAGGGGAACGUGGCGGUUUCGGCCCGCGGGGCGGUCCUCGUGGAAUGGGCCGAGGCGGACCCACGGGGGGCAACAUGCAGCAGAGGGCAGGGGACUGGGAGUGUCCCAACCCGGGAUGCGGCAACCAGAACUUUGCCUGGAGGAUGGAGUGUAACCAGUGCAAAGCCCCCAAGCCCGAGGGCAUGGGCGGCGGCCCCCCGUUCCCCCCGGGCGGCGACAGAGGCCGGGGCGGGAUGGGGAUGCGAGGGGGCAGAGGCAUGGACCGCGGGGGGCCGGCGGGAGUCGGAGGCCCGGGCGGUCCCGGGGGCUUCCGUGGAGGCUGGGGAGGGGACCGCGGCGGGUUCAGGGGGCGCGGUGGAAUGGAGCGGGGAGGGUUCCGGGGCGCUGGGCGUGGAGGACCGCCUAUGGACCGAAUGGGUGGUAGAGGUGGCAGAGGAAUGGGACCACCAGGUGGCAAAAUGGAUAUGAGGGACCAUCGCCAGGAGCGAAGAGACAGACCCUACUGAAGGAAAACUUCCCAUUGUUCCUCUUGUGGAAUUUGAUUUUUAAAAGAUUUUUUUAUUUUUUAUUUAUGAUUCCAUAUUUCAAAGGUUACAGAACUGCUGUCAUACAUUCAGUGCAGUUAGUCAAUUUGUGGUUCUGUUUUUGUUUUUUAGUUUAUCCAUGUUUAUGCUGCAUCCCGUUUUUUUCUUCUUUUUUUUCAUGUUCUUUUUUUUUCUUUUUUUUUUUUUUUUAAUAUGCCGAGUAGCUUUGUAUUUGACAUUGUAUUGUAAAAUGCAAUAUUUUCCAUUAGUUGAUGUAAUUGCCUCCCUUUUCCCAAACCUCACAAUUGUAUGAUGAUAAACUUGGGGAAAUAAAAUUUUACUGAU